AUGAUCAGAGCAGAGAGCAGGCGGACGGCCAGAGAGACCAUCUACCUGGACAUGGAUCACCUGUUGGUGCUGCUGCUGCUGUGGAGCUCAGGACUCCAGGCUGAAGGAAAUCACACCUCAACAGAGCCUGAUGAUGUCAGGUUGGUAGGAGGAGCCAGUCGCUGUGCAGGAACACUGGAGCUGAAACAUCAGGGAGACUGGAGACCAGUGAGUUACUCUGACCGGAACCUGGAGACAGCAGCUGGUGUCUGUAGAGAGCUGGACUGUGGCUCUGCUGUUUCUGUAGGACAGAGAAAGGAGUCCUCAGACAGACCUGUGUGGAGGAUCAGGUCUGACUGUGUUCAGUCUGGUUCUGCUCUGAGGGAACAGAUCACGUCCAUCCGGGUGGAAAACGGGGCAGACAGGUGGGCCGAGGUUCCGUUGGUCGAUCGCAACAUGCGGCACGCCCCUCAAGCAGAAAG